AUGGUCCCAUUUCUCCGAUCAACACCGAUAGAGACCUCAGCAACUACAAUCAUCAACAACAACAGCAACAACAUGGUAUUUGGAUGGAUGUGUUACCAAAGGCGCAAUGCUAACGAGAGCGUUGACUUCACCGAAGCCUCUGCGUCGGAUGCCGAUGCUUUGUUCGGUUCCAAUUCCAUCUCGGACGACAGCCUUUCGUUUCAGAGGUCUGAUCAAGUUCUCUGCGUCGUAACUUACCUUGAUUUGACCAGUUAUCUCAGCCCCGAUCUCUUCACCAUGGCUCCCGUAAACAUUCAUGGCUACCCCCGAGGCGCAGGAAGCAGUGGAGGGGAGAGAUCUGGACCCCACCGCUAUGUACUGGCAACAGUCACACAAGUUCACCGUGAUGGGGAUGGCCGAUGCUGCUCUUAUACAGUGAAGAGGGCCGACACGGGGACAGAGCAGAGAGCUGCAAGAGAAUGGCUAGAGCCUUUGGGAAACCCAGAGGGUAUAGAAGCGGCUACACUUGCAGCUGCAAUAACGACAAGAUCCAAAAAGGAGGAACGGCCCAAAACUCCAGCUCGACGGCGUUCCCUGCUGACUUGGGCUGGUAGAUAA